GUGGCUUUGAAUUGGAAAGCCGUGAAACAGAACAAAAAUAAGAGAAUGUCAAAUUUUUCAAAUUACACACAAAAUACACGCUUUUUGUUUAUGUUCGAAAAAUUCACGCAAGCCAAUCAAAAUACACACAAAUCGUGUAAUUACACGCUAAUUGGCAACACUGCGUGGAGGCGCGGGAUUGAUUGAAAUAAUGUCAGAUUUUUCUAAAUUAUAUUAAAAUAUCGAAAUUUGUAAAUUAUUAUUUCAAUUAGGAAUCGGAAUAAAAAACUGAGAUUAAAUUUUCACUUUUUUGAGGGAGGCUUAGCCUCCCCUGCCUCCUCUGACGAGCCGCCACUGCCAAAGACAAAAGUGAAAAAAAAAAUUGGAAACUGGCUCUGGAACGAUAUAAAGGGCACUUUCCAAAUUUCACCGAUAAAUUGACCGGUUUAAUAAACCGGUAGCUGACAAAAAAUUCCGGUAAAAGUUAGGUGUAAGUCCGGUUACAAGAUUUUUCUGAUGCAUUUUGGAACGCUUUGGUGUGUUGACGUUUGGUUGUGACGGUUGUGUUGCGACAGUCUAACGAACGACUGCCGAUAGUGCCCAUUUAAAGCAAUUGAUGUAAGUCAAAAGAAGUGUCAAAAAAUCUUCCACCGACAAAAAUUCCUGGUGGAUCCGGUGCCUCACCGGUUUCAAACAGCUGAUCAUUCCGGUCAGUUUUGGAACGGACGAUGUGGUUCAACCGAUAAAAAGUCGGUACCUUUUGGAACGAUUUGGUGAGUAAACUAUUAAACCGGUAUCGCACCGGUUCAGAAACCGGUGAAUUUUGGAAAGUGCCCAAAGUCACGGUUGACUGUUGCUUUGAAACAAAACAAAUCAGCUGUUUGACAUUUUUGCUCGCUCAAUGAAUUUUCGCUCCGACUGUUCCGAUCGUUCGUGUUCGUGUAUUAAUUUUUCACUCUAAUCACUCCUAGAUCACGUGACAAAAAUCUGUUCUUACUCCACUACAACUCCGUGCUGAAUAGCCAAACUCAGCUUACAUUUUGAUAAUGCACCGGUUCACGACCGUCGCAUCGGUUGGUAUAUUGACAGUUACCACCGGUAAAUUCUGAAAAAUGCUCAUCCAAAUUAUUGUUUUGUUUGUUUAUGUUUUGAUAUCUACAUCUACUUCUACUCAGACUUUUGUAUUGAAUAUUGAAUAAUAAUUAUUUAAUCUUUUGAUUUGAAAUUAAAUAUCUAUUAUUCUAUUCUUGAUUCCCAAUAAUUAUUUAUAGUGAGAAUAUCAGUUACUUUUUUCCAAGAAAUUUUCCAGGACUGUUUGAAAUAUAACACAACAUAAAAUUAUACAUCAGAAUUGAAAAUUUCACAAACAUGGAAAAAAGGCUGGAAUAUUCGGUCGACCUAUUGACCGCAAUGGCUAUGAAGUGUAUUAUAAAAAACCUGUCUUUCUACCAAAACUCUGAAUUCAAAGCCCUAGAACAAUUGCCGAUACCACUAAAAAAUUCCAUUUUAAAAAAGUUUACUACCACUGGUCUCAACACGAAAAAUGUUAACGCCCUCUUAGUGGCCUUAAUCAAUAAACAAACCACCGAAAUCAAUAUGACCCCGUUUACUAUUACAGAUAAUUUAUUGGAAAAGUUAUGCGUUUGUGAAAACAUGAAAAAAAUUUAUUGGUUUCGAGACAGGAUUGGUUGCGAGUUUACUUCAGCAGGUCUGAUAAACUUCCUAGAACACACUCCAGAAUUAACUUUUCUUAUGCUCGUGAAAAAUGACGAAAUAAAUGAUGCAGUUCUGAAAUGUAUUUCAAACAAUUGUGGCAAGUUGGAAGUUCUCGAAAUAGCGGGAUCUGAAAAUGUUACUGAUGCAGGUUUGAUGUAUUUGAGUACCAUGAAUCUGACCAGUUUAUCAGUAAUUGAAGCAAACAUUACUGACCAAGGUCUUAUUGCUCUAUCCAAAGGAAAAAUUACAGAAACUUUGAAAGAACUUGUGGUGAGUCGUUGCAAUAAUGUAACUCAUCUAGGAUUGAAAACUAUUGUGAAACAUUGCCUCAAUUUAACUUGGUUUAACCUAAUGAAUAAUGCAAAUGUUAAUGCAGCAGAGGUUGAAGAUAUUGAUCAAAUUUUGAGAAUCCCUCUUAACCAAGUAUUUUAUGAUUUAACUCUUUGAAUAGUAAAAAUAUAGACAAUGGUUUAUUUUUUAAUCUGUUGUUUUAUUUAUUAAUCUCGCCUCAAGAAAUUUUGUUUUCACGUCUCUCGGUGGAAAACUGUCGAUAGUAUCAAAUCAACUAUCGAAGCGCUAUCGAUUGUUCCUAUCAAAUGGUGCAAACUAUCGAUAGUUCCCCCCCAUCUGGUCUUUAACGCUCCAGUGCUUUUUCUUGUUCCGUCAAAUUCAAUGGAGUCUAAUCUAAACAAAGUACUCUUGCUCUCGGAGCACUCAUGCAGAGAUCUGUGACGUCACUGUUCCGACGCUGGCAGCAAUAGAACCGAAAAUGUUAACUGCUUUCAGUCCGCUCCCCUCUAGGCGGUGACGUCAGAGAUCUCUCCGAGAGUGCUCUGGGAGCAAUUAUAAUCCAAACGAAGGCACACCAUUUGAAAUAAAUAGCCGAACGUAUUUAAACUCUUUAAUCCAUCGAAUAUGACGGAGCAAGAAAGAGCGUUCUAAUGCUCAAGUCGAACAUGUGAAUCCGCUCCGGAUCGCUUUUUGAUCGUGCGAAAACAAAACACAAUCCGAAUCAGUUCUGAAUUCUUAACAAGCUUUGUUUGCGGAUCGAAACUGGUUCAGAAUGGACAGAACUAAACGCCGGAAUCAAUUCUAGUUGAAUCACGAACAAAAAACUGAAUAGUUCUGAAUCCGUUCCGAGACGUGUUCGCAAAUCACAUUCCAAAAUGGAUUCGGACAUAAUUCAGA